CUUGUGCCUCUCUUAUCCCGCCAUCUCUCACCUUUACAAAUUUUCUCUCUCCUCUUUACGUUUUAUUGUCUCCUUCCCCUCCUCUGAUCAUUGUACCACGACUACACUGUUCUUCCCCACUCUCCCCCAAAAAUCAGUUUUUUUCUGCAAAAUUCAAUUCCAAUCAAAAUGGCUACCAAGCUCACAAAGAUUCCAAGCAUGCGUGAGAGAGUUGAAGAUACUCUAUCUGUUCAUCGUAACGAGCUUGUUUCGCUUCUCUCCAAGUAUGUGGCACAAGGAAAAUGUUUGUUACAACCUCAUCAUCUGAUUGAUGCAUUGGAGAACGUAAUCGGCGAAGAUAAAGGGAAGCAAGUUCUUAGUGAUGGCCCUUUUAGCGAAGUUCUUAGGUCUGCCCAGGAAGCAAUAGUUAUUCCUCCAUUUGUUGCUAUAGCACUCCGUCCAAGACCUGGAGUUUGGGAAUAUGUCCGUGUUAAUGUCCACGAACUUAAUGUGGAGCAGUUAACUGUAUCUGAGUAUCUCCGUUUCAAGGAAGAACUUGAGGAUGGAAAGGCUGAUGACCACUAUGUGCUUGAGCUUGAUUUUGAGCCUUUCAAUGAAUCACUUCCUCGUCCAACAAGGUCUUCAUCAAUUGGUAAUGGUGUUCAGUUCCUCAACCGGCACCUGUCAUCCAUCAUGUUUCGUAACAAAGACUGCUUGGAACCGUUACUUAAUUUCCUUCGUGUGCACAAACAUAAAGGAGUUGUCAUGAUGUUGAAUGAUCGGAUACAAACUAUAUCUCGUCUUCAGUCUGCAUUAUCUAAAGCCGAGGAUCACCUAUCCAAGCUUCCACCAGAUGCACCUUACUCUGAGUUUGAAUUUGCACUCCAAGGUCUAGGUUUUGAGAGAGGUUGGGGUGACACUGCAGAAAGAGUUUUAGAGAUGAUGCAUCUACUACUAGACAUCCUCCAGGCCCCUGAUCCCUCUACAUUAGAGACAUUUCUUGGAAGAGUUCCAAUGGUUUUUAAUGUGGUAAUUUUGUCUAUACAUGGAUUCUUUGGCCAGGCACAUGUGUUGGGUUUGCCUGAUACCGGUGGGCAGAUUGUUUAUAUCCUUGAUCAAGUGCGAGCUCUGGAACAUGAAAUGCUCCAACGAAUAAAGAAGCAGGGAUUGGAUGUGACUCCAAGAAUUCUUAUCGUGAGUCGGUUGAUUCCUGAUGCUAAAGGGACCACAUGCAACCAGCGUUUGGAAAAAGUGAGUGGAACGGAGUAUGCUAGUAUCCUAAGAGUCCCUUUCCGAUCAGAUAAAGGAAUCCUUCGUAAAUGGAUAUCUAGAUUUGAUGUCUGGCCUUAUCUAGAAACUUUUACUGAGGAUGCAGCUAGUGAAAUAACUGGAGAGUUGCAGGGUCGUCCAGAUUUGAUAAUUGGAAACUACAGUGAUGGAAAUAUCGUUGCUUCUUUACUGUCCUACAAAAUGGGUGUCACCCAGUGCAAUAUAGCCCAUGCACUGGAGAAGACCAAGUACCCAGAUUCUGAUAUUUAUUGGAAAAGAUUUGAGGAGAAAUACCACUUCUCGUGUCAGUUUACAGCUGACUUGAUGGCAAUGAAUCAUGCUGAUUUCAUCAUUACGAGCACAUACCAAGAGAUAGUUGGAUCGAAAAAUACUGUUGGUCAAUAUGAAAGUCAUACGGCUUUCACUUUGCCAGGGCUGUAUCGGGUGGUUCAUGGGAUUGAUGUCUUUGACCCCAAGUUUAAUAUUGUCUCACCCGGGGCUGAUUUGUCCAUCUAUUUCCCAUUUUCGGAGAAGGGGAAGCGGCUCACUGCACUUCAUAGCUUCAUAGAGGAGCUCUUAUUCAAUCCAGAACAGAACGAAGAACACAUUGGUAUACUAGAUGAUCCCGCAAAGCCUAUAAUAUUUUCCAUGGCAAGGCUAGACCAUGUGAAGAACAUAACAGGACUGGUUGAGUGCUAUGCAAAGAAUGCUAAACUCAGGGAACUGUCAAAUCUGGUUGUGGUUGCUGGGUACAAUGAUGCAAAAAAGUCAAAUGACAGGGAAGAGAUUGCUGAAAUUGAAAAGAUGCACAACCUUAUCAAGCAGUACAAUUUGAAAGGACAGUUUAGGUGGAUAGCUUCUCAAACGAACAGAGUGAGAAAUGGUGAACUUUACCGGUACAUCUGUGACAAAGGAGGUAUUUUUGUGCAGCCUGCAUUUUAUGAAGCAUUUGGGCUAACAGUUGUUGAAGCAAUGACUUGUGGCCUACCCACAUUUGCUACAUGCCAUGGUGGUCCGGCUGAGAUUAUAGAAGAUGGAAUAUCAGGAUUUCAUAUUGAUCCAUAUCAUGCUGAUCAGGCUGCAGAAAAGAUGGCUGAUUUUUUUACCAAGUCCAAAGAGGAUCCGAGCUACUGGAGUAAAAUCUCUGACGGGGGGUUGCAAAGGAUCAAAGAAAGGUACACCUGGUUAAAGUAUUCUGAGAGGUUGAUGACAUUAGCGGGAGUUUACGGUUUUUGGAAAUAUGUCUCUAAACUAGAGAGAAGGGAGACUCGUCGAUAUCUUGAGAUGUUCUACAUUCUGAAGUUCCGUGAUCUGGCAAAAUCUGUUCCGCUGGCAACAGAUGACGAGGCUUCUAUCACAGAUGCAGUUGCAAAUUUCCGUGGACCAUGAAAAGCGUUGCUUGUUCAGGUGUUAAGUUGUGUGUACUGUCUUAGAGUAGGAAUAAGUGUGCCUACACAAGGUUUCGCCUUUUAGUAUUUUCAUUAUGUAAAAUAAGGAGUGAAAGAAUGUAUGCUGCUGGUGGCUCAUGGAAACCGUGUUCACUUUGUCCACCGUGAGAGUGUAAUGAACAUGUUUAAAUGCAUUAUGAAGCAUUGGAUUGUCAAUAGAAGGGAAAUGUUUAGGUGAAUGAGAUUAUCCAGCCCGUCUUUACACGGAGUUGGAGAAGAGGUCGUUGUAAAUAUUCUAGUAAGCAGAAUUGUUGUACAUAUGUUAAAGAGAUUAAUAUGCCAGUGAGCAGAGUUUAAUUUUA